AUGGCGGGAAACGCAUCCGUCAUAACGGUUGGCUCAUCCUCAUCCUCAGUCCUUUAUUCUACCUACUCGUCAACAAGCGACUCGACCAUUGCAGACGAGAAUCAGUCUGAGCCGGCCGGCCGUUCUCAGGCGGCAUCAGAUGGUCUUCCCCUGAGACUCGGUAACGAAACUAGGCUGCCUGCAAACUCGAACAACCGGGGGCCAGUCAAUGAAAAUAUCUUGGCUGAAAUUGCCUCCAUGGACCACCCGGAGAGAGAAUAUGUUUCACACUGGGAUUCGACAGCGCAGGUUGAUACCGUGAUGACAGGAGCUGUAGUCGGAGAUCAUGGUGACGGGAUCUUUGACAUUAUCUGA